AUGAAUUCCACCGUUGACCAGCCAUACUCCUGGCUAGGAGUCCGAAUAGACGCCUUCGCAGACCGGAACCUCCUUGCCGCCUCCGUGGGGACGGUGGCGGUCGUUCUACUCGUCUAUCUCUUGAGCGUGCGCAAGGCCACGCGCCUGCCGCUCGUCAACCCGAACAGAACCUUCGAGUUCUCGACCAGCCGCGUGCGCAAGGAAUGGCUCGUCCACGCGAAGCGCAUCAUCGAGGCCGGGCUGCGCCAGUUCCCCGGCCGGCCGUUCAACAUGAUGGCCGCCGACGUGGGCAUGACGACGGUGCUGCCCCCCAGAUUCGCAAAUGAGAUCAGAAAUAAUCCCGAUUUGAGCUUCGUCGAGUUCAUGGCGCAUCUGUUUUUCAGUAACCUGCCCGGCUUCGAACCGACGCGGGAGGGCAUGUUCGAUAAUGACAUAGGAAUCGUCGUGAUACAAAAAUAUUUGACUAGUCUGGCUAGAAUGACUGAACCCCUAUCUGAAGAAGCCGAGUUUGCACUCCAUGAUAUCUACACUGAGAACGAAGACUGGCACAUAGAGAACGUCAAAAACAUCAACCUGCCUUUCGUGGCGCGAUUAUCAUCCCGCAUAUUCCUUGGCGAGGAGCUCUGCCGCAACGAGGAAUGGCUCAAGAUAACCGUCAAUUAUACGGUAGACCUCAUGCGCGCCGCAGAGCAGCUGCGACAGGUCCCGGGCCCAUUCCGACGCCUAGUGCACUGGUUUUUGCCCGAGGCCAAAGGGUUACGCGCCGAGGUCAAGCAGGCCGGCGACAUCAUCCGGCCGGUGCUCGAAAAGCGCCGGCGGGAGAAGGAGCGUCACCGGGAUCAAGGCAAGCCGCCCGUCGACUACUACGACGCCAUUGAAUGGUUCGAGCAGACUGCCAUCGAGAAGGGUCGCCCGUACGACCCUGAGAUCGUGCAGCUGUUCCUUAGCACAGUGGCCAUACAUACCACGAGCGACCUACUGACUGUCACCAUGCUGGACAUUGCGCGCAACCCGGACAUCAUCGAGCCGCUUAGAGAGGAGAUCAGGAGUGUGGUCAAGGACGGCCAGUUACUGAAGAAAGGGCUGGGUGAUAUGAAGCUUAUGGAUAGCGUGAUCAAGGAGAGUUUGAGACUCAAGCCAAUCGGCCUCGUCUCGAUGCGUCGCGUUGCCACGAAGCCCCUCACCCUGUCCGACGGCACGUAUCUGACAAAGGGCACUAAGAUGGCUGUGUCAUCGUACAAGAUGUGGGACGCCGAGACUUACGCGUCGCCCGACACGUGGGAUGGGUACCGGUUUCUGCGCAUGCGCGAGGCAGGGCAGGGCGGUGGCGACGCUGUGAUCACGCCCCACGAGGCGCUGCUCGUCAGCACGAGCGAGCGGCAUCUGGGCUUCGGCCACGGCAAGCACGCGUGUCCGGGGCGAUUUUUCGCCGCGAGCGAGCUCAAGGUCGCUCUUGCGCAUAUUCUGAUGAAGUAUGAUUUCAAGUUGCCCGAGGGUGUCGAGGUCAAGCAUCGCGUCACUGGCGCUAGUUUCUAUGCAGACCCGUUUGCUCAGUUGGCGAUUAGGAGGCGGCCGGGGGCUACGCUUGGGAGCUGA